AUGGACACUGCAUCCAAGGUCAAUGCCCUCAAGCUCGAGGGCAACGACUCCAUCAAGCAAGGCAAAUACACUGCCGCGUACAAACAGUAUACAGAGGCUAUCAACAUCUGCACAGACAGCAAGGUUUUGGCGAUCCUUUACAGCAAUCGGGCGGCCGCAUCUCUCAACUUGAAGGACUACCUCGACGCGAUAUCGGAUAGCCAACAAGCAACAAACGCAGACCCGACGUUUGUAAAGGCAUACACUCGGACAGGCACUGCUGCGGAUGCAAUUAAUAUGUGGUCAAUCUCUUCCCGUGCGUGGGGCACGGCGGCAGAGCUUACCCCAGACCCGGUCCUCAAGGCCGAUUACGAGGCAAAGGCCAAAGCUUCUGACGACGCCAGGACGAAACAGGAGGACAAAAUUUCGCAAGGCGACUACCACUACCGGAUGCCAUCACAUCGGGCUCAACAGAUCGUGCCAUGGAUCAAGGCCAGAGAGUUGUUUCAAGCUAAUCAGUUGCCGUAUGAAAGCAGCGGUCAUGUUAUUAUCCAAGCAUAUCUCGAAUACGAAGAAGCCGUAUCGAAUCUCAAGAAAGUGCGUGUCAAGGUAGAGAACGGUCAAGAGAUGAUCAUGCUUGCCGGCAAGGUCUUGGAACCGCUAACAAACGCCAUCCUCGGCGACGAUCGCGUUUUCCAUAUUGACUUUCCCGAAUUCUUCGAUAAUCUUCGGCGACAAACCGUUAUCGAAGUCCAGGCUAGCAAUGGCUGGACCGAUAGUGGACCAAAAGAACUGAUGAAGGAGGUCCCGGAACGACUGCAAAACUCGAGCUGGGAUUUAGUGCGGCCCGCAUUGGCGAUGACUAUUCGGGCAUGGAUUUGGCGCGCGUUCUUGGAAUCCAAAAUGGGGAUGGGAACCAGCGCAGACGAAUUUUACAAGCGUGUCAUUGAAAUCAUUGACUGGGGACGGUCUACGUAUGCCCAUGUCCCCAAAGAGGAGCGCGGCGCGAUCUUUGAGGCGACCAUCGUUCGUUCAGUUCGCAGUUUACGACUGAGUAAUCUUUUGGGUCUAUUUCGUGCUGGCCUUGUUGGUCCGGGCUGUGUUUACACUCUCGACGACAUUGAACAACUGGCCAGUGAGAUCAAGCGCGAAACCGAGGCGAGCGAGAGACCAGGGACCUUCAAUGGCCGUGGAUUUUUCGGCUUUUGGACGUACCCCCUGGCGGAGGCAAUUUCUGCCUUGGGUUUUGUUCACAUGCAACGCGGUCUCGACCACGCGCUCCGCUCUGAAAAUAUCGAAGACGAGGAGGCGAAAGAAGCAGCAUUGCUCGAUGCGAUGAAGGAAUUCGACCAGUCCGCCCGCUUAUACAUCAAGUCAGCGGAGACAUACCCCCCAGACGAUGAGUCCUCGUUAUACAUGCUCUGCAUCGCCCUGGAAGCGCGCCUCAGAGGCCACGCGCCCCUGCGGCUGACGGUGCCACUCGCUCGCCGAGUGCGGGACGCAGUGCCCAAAGUCAUGAAAAUCUGGGAGGCGACGAUCAACUCUUCGGAGCAAACAAAAGCCAAGUACGAAGAGGCCGCCGAAUUUCUGAAGCAGUGCGAGCGGCAAAUCGCGAAGGGCAGUUGGAAGUUGGACGACUGUCUGGGCUUGGCCCACUACGACGUUCAUCCAAGUACAUGGGCACGGAAACGGGCUAGUCAGGAUGAGGACGAAUUGGACGAAGACGAGUUGGCGGAGGAACUUGAAAAGAAAGUAAAUAUCGAAUCAUAA